UACCUAAACAACAUCUUCUACCCUUUUAAUAAUAUAUAUAUAUAUAUAUGGUGGUAUUCAUGUACCAAAAGCUUCUUCCCAUCUGCAUUAUUUUCCUUCACUUGUUCCAAAAAUUAAUAUGCCAAACACAAGAAAUCUGAGGCAGCUCAACCUCAACAUGUGCUGCUCAAACUCAGCUACUCCUGACUCAGAAACUCCUCCAUUGAGUCCUAUUACUACUUGUUCACAUCACCAUACUCACUCUGCAUCUCCUUCUUCCAUUAUGAUAAAGAACUUUAACUCUAUCUAUGACCCUACCUUAACCUCUAACAACUCUUUCACCUCCACUUUCUUCUCCACCACCACCUUCUUAGAACCAGAACCUCAACCUCAACCUCAACCCGCCGACUUCGCCACCGCUUUCGCCUCCCAGAGGUUCUUUUUCUCCUCUCCCGGCCACUCAAACUCCCUCCUUCAAUACACUAACAAACCUACUCAACACCACUCAGCGUCGCUCAGAGAAGAUGCUGCUCAUGUUGAGAACAUGAAGAUCACUAAGAAGGUCUUGUUCAAGGGCAGCGUGGCGGUGGCCACGUACUCGCCGGACCCUUACGUCGAUUUCCGCCGCUCUAUGCAGGAGAUGGUGGAGGCGCGUCCGGAGCUGAUGGACGUGAAGUCGAACUGGAAUGUGUUGCACGAGCUUCUUCUCUGUUAUCUUGCGCUCAACCCAAAGAACACCCACAAGUUCAUUCUUGGUGCUUUUGCUGAUCUCCUCGUUAGCCUCAUGUCUUUCUAGUUCUGGAUCUUCAAUUUUUCUUUGUAAAUUCAAAUGAUGAAACAUUGAAAAUUGUGAGAAAUCCGUGUCUGUAAACAAAUGCAACUGGUUAUAAUUAAUAGCUGUUUGAUUGCACAGAAUGGAUGAAGACAAAGAGUGACUCAGAAAUGGCCAAAUGUGAGUCAGUAAAAUAAGAAUUUGCAAACAGACAGAAUCAAGGAAUCCAAUUUAUGGCCUCUUUUGUUUUCAUAAUGAGAUGAGUGGGAUAAGCCACGCUGAAGAUUCACUCACUCAAUAUUGAUUUUGGUGUUAUCCUUUUCAUUUUAAUAUUAAGAUAUAGUUCAUGAUCUGAACUCAGUGCUCACAAAUCACUAUCUUCUUGUCAAGCCAGUGGCAGAGAAUAAGAAAAUAAAAGUAAUAAUUAUCUUUUUGGC